UUAUGAUCUCUGGCCAAUCAGAGACAAAGUAGACGGGUGACGCACGCGGCAGCGGAGGAUUCAAACAAGAAGAUGGCAGCAGGGAAGGACGCCGACGGAAAGAAACGAAAUAAAAGAGGGACACUGUGCAACGUGGUCGUCAGCCAGGAGAUGUGCCCGUCAGGCCACUCUCCUAUCAUCUUCAACCCGGAUUUCUUUGUGGAGAAGCUCCGCCACAUUCUCCCGGAGAGCUUCACCGAGCUGGUGCUGAGCAACAUCACAAGGCUCAUCGACCUGCCCGGUACAGAGUUUGCGCAGCUCCUGGGAGACGUGGACCACAAGCUGCCUGGUGCUGGUGGCUUCUUCCGCUCCUUCAACUUCCUGAAGCGCAAAGAGAAGGGAGUUGUCUUCGGCGCACCAUUGACUGAGGAAGGAAUCGCUCAGAUCUGCCAGCUCAUCGAGUACCUGAGCAGAAAUUUGCAUGUAGAGGGACUGUUCAGAGUCCCGGGCAAUAGCAUCCGGCAGCAGGCCCUGCGGGAGAUGCUGGACAGUGGGGUGGACAUCGACCUGGAGACGGGUGACUACCACCCCAACGACGUGGCCAGCCUGCUGAAGAGCUUCCUGGGGGAGCUGCCUGAGCCUCUGCUCACGCACCGGCACUAUCACGCCCACCUGAAGAUAGCGGACCUGAUGCUGUUUGAUGAGCGCGGCAACAAGACGACGCUCCCCGACAAGGAGCGGCGCAUCGAGGCCCUGCAGCUGCUGCUCCUGCUGCUGCCCCCCGCCAACCGCAGCCUGCUGAAGCUGCUGCUCGACCUGCUCUACCAGACGGCCCGGCAGCAGGACGCCAACAAGAUGUCCGCCUUCAACCUGGCGCUGAUGUUCGCGCCCCACGUCAUGUGGCCCAAGAAUAUGACUGCCACCGACCUGCAAGGAAACAUCAAAAAGCUGAACGAGGGCAUGGCGUUCCUCAUCAAGCACUCGCAGAAACUCUUCCGAGCACCUGCCUACAUCAGGGAUCACGCAAGAAGGCAGCUUGUGGCAUUGAAGAUCCCCCAGUCCAAGGAUGACCUGGACCUGCCUGCCUCUACGAGCGCGACGCCCUCCAAGCGGCCCGGCCAGGACCCCGAGGCCAACCCACACACCGAGGAGGCGCUCAGGGAGCUCUUCCGCCACGUCAACAACUUGCCCGAGUCCGCCAAGAAGAAGAAGUACAUCCGCCAGCUUGCGAAGGGGGUGACACCAGGGACGCCAGGAUAUGACUGCCAGACCCCCCCCACCGGCAAGAAGCACCCCCGCUCCCGGUCCUUCGGGGGACUGAUCAAGAAAAGAGUCCUGGGGAGCCAGGCAGCAGCAGAAAGGCGAGGCCGGGGGACGCCUCCACCUGCAGACGCCCCCACCGAGGGACACGGGAAGGAGAACCCCAGCCGGAACGCUACACAGAGGGGCCAUGAUUCUGCAGUAGUGACAAACCCUGCCCUUUGUCCCAAGGCGGCUGUCGUCUGCUGGGACCAGGAAUCUUCCAUCCCCAGCGUGUGGUUUACACCCACACAGGAGUCCUCGGUGUAGAGGCAGGGAUCAUUUUACACUGGAUCUCCAAGUGACGAUUUUUAUUUUAUUGUAUGUUUUUAUGUUUUAAUGUGAUUUGUAAGUGCUGUGAGUGACCCCAUCGUGAGGCAGCCGCUUCCUGCCGGCUUGUGCUCCCGUGUCCUUGCCGUGCGGCCCGUCAGACCCGGCGAGACCGCCGCGGGCCGCCUGUCUAUUCCUGGGCCGGUCUCUGUCAGUAACGUGAGAGCUGCACAUUGAUCUGUUAUGUUGUCGGAGCACAGCUGCGUUGUGACCGGCCCAGGCGGUCAGACACAUAAACCGGGCCAGCGUGCGACGUCCAUGCAUCAAAUGCAGACUGAAGCAGAAAUGCUUAGGCAGAUAAAUGGGGGCUAAGGCUGGGAUUGGGGGGGGUGGUAUUUUUUCACAAAGAGCCAUAUCAAUGUUAGCAUUAAUGUUAUUAUUGCACAACGACUGUGGUAUAUUCCAAUCCCUCCUGAGGGACUGAAUUAUUUUUUAUGAAUGAAUUUUUCUGAAUUUCUUUUUGUUUACUGAAUACAUGCAUCUGUGGUUGUCUGUUAAUCCCAAGCAUAUGCCAGCAUAAACAUAAUGUGACGAUAUUUAUCUGGGGGACUUUAUUCCACCAUUAUGUGGAUAUUUAUUCACUCCUGUACCACUGUUUUUAAAUGAUAGUGGCUUAAUAGCCUCCAUAUAUGUAGACUCCACUGGAUUUCAAGUUAAUGGACAUGCUUUCUCGUUACUAGGUUUACUUUUAUCCUGGGAUGAGCCUGAAUUCCUCUGGGAUGUUCCUUAAAUUGAUAUUAUGGGAUGUUAUUUUUUAAGUAGCUAUUAUGUCUACUCUUUUGGCGUCUGUCUUCCACUGUCUUAAAAUGUUUCUAUGUUUAACCUCAUCAGUCUGGCCUCUAACCCUCCUCUGGGAGUGUUUUUUUUUUUUUUUACAAUUUUAUUUCCAUAAGCUGUUUUUAAUUGUUCAAGUAAUUGUGUAUACUGUGACGUAUGGGCUGCCUGAUGCUCUCAAGGUCAAAAUAGUGGUUCCAUUGGCUGUAAAGCUGACUGUUACCAGGGACGACCGCAUCUAUGAAAUGGUGAGAAUUCCCGCACAAGGACAUCGUCUUUGUUUACUUUUUUUUUUUGUUGUUGUUGUACCAGUGAGUCUCAAGGUUGUGUUUCUCAAAAUGUCUAUAGAAAAUAAAAAUCUUUUUUUUUAAUGUGUAUGAUGGGUUAGGUGAGGUUGUGGAUGUUUUGGGAGGGGAAAGACUAGAUGUUUUGGUGGUGGGAGAGUUGUUGAGAAGGUCAGUCUGAGUAUGCAGAAAGGUUUUUUUUAAAUGGGCUUGGUGACUGAUGAAAUGGAAGUUUGUUCUGCAAGUGAUAUUUGGUUUCUCUGAAUCGAUGGCGAGGCAUGUCAGAUGGGUUCCUUUUACAGGUCCGUGCAGGUGAAAUGCUAAUCUGCUUGUGUCUUGUACAGUCAAUGGGAGUAUUUUAAUGUACAUUUUCAAUUCAAAAUCUCCCCUAUGCUGCAAGUCCAUUUCCUUUUGUUUAGUGGAUAUUGUUUUAACUCUGAUAAAAAAUAAUACUGUUAGAACUAUUCUGCUUUUUGUUUUUGGUUAAUUACUGGAAGAAUUGUGUGUUACAUAUGGUUUGAAAAUAUACAUGUUUUAAAAACGUAGUUAGUAUAAUUAAUUAUUAAUGGUCAACUUUCCAAAUCUGCAUAAACCAGGAUUUUAGCUCCAAGAAUGGAUUGUGAAAGUUAUAAAUACUGGUUGUAGGGUCAUUUUUACAUAAUACAAUAGCUACCUAUUAGUUCUGGGGGAAUCUUCAAGCAGGAGCCGUCAAACCUUGUUUCAUGACAGUAAUUCAUCUGCAGUUUUUUUUCUCCUCCAUGGUACUUUUCUCAUUUAAUUGUUUGUCGUAUUCAAGAAAAGUCUGAUUACUCCGGGGUGUUAAAGAGGCACCAUGCUGUAAAUAUCACAUGACGGCCUGUGAGGCGAGUGGAGCGUCUUUCACUUUAAAUGAUAUAAUGAUUUAAAUGUGUUGUCCUCCUAACUGAGAUCCAUCCUUUUAAGAGGGAAGUGUUUGUGCUUUGCUGUUACAAAACGUCAAAAGCUGUUACCUUAAAACCCCUGUGGAUUUUAUACACUGCUGAUGCUAUCCUGUGAGUCUUUUUUUUUUUUUUUCUUGACUGGAUGUACAGUGAAUAAAAAAUUUAUGGUGGCUUUUAAA